AUGAAGAAGUUCUCAUCCACCCCCUUGUUGGCCCAAGUGGCGGCGGCUCUGUUUUGGAUAUCGGUCGUUCAUGGUGGACAUGCCGCCACGAGCAGCCUCAAGGGUGCCCGACUUCGUGGUCCACGAAAGCUGGGAGGAAUGGCUAACAGCAUGGCACAAAUGAGAAUGAGAAUGAUGGAAAAGAUUGAUAAGGAGAACGCCUACGCACCUGCCGCCGAUGACGACGAGUAUCUGUUAUUGGUCGAAGACGAUUAUUUCAAGGGUGAGUCAGGUGUCGAUACGGCUCCACAAAAGAAAAAUGGCAACAAAGAGGCUGGAAAAGGACAAGCCAUGGACGAACCAGAGAGCUUUGAGGACGAGAUUGUAGCAGAACCUGACAAACCCGACAAGGGCACAGGUGGCAAAGGCAAAGACAUGGGCAAAGGCAAAGACAUGGUGGAGGAAGAAGAAGAAGAAGAGGAAGAGGAAGAAGAAGAAGAAGAAACUGUAGACGACUAUUUUGAAUCUCCCUAUGCUGAUGAACAAGAGAGCAUGGGUGACGGCAAGGGCAAAGGAAAAGGCAAGGGAAAAGAUCAGGACAUGAUGAUGGCAGAAUCGGAAGAUGACAUGCCGCCUACAGGCAAGGACAAGGAUGGUGAAAAGGAAACACAAGAUGAUGUGCAUUUGGAGGAAAUGGACUCGGAGGAAGAGGAAGAAGAAGAAGAGGAAGAAGAAGAAGAAGAAGAAGAAAACGAGAGCAUGGGUGGUGACAAAGGGAAAGGAAAAGGCAAGGGCAAGGACAAGGAUAUAGAAGAGGAAUACGAAGAGGAGGAAGCUGUGGACGACUACCUUGUGGCUGAUGUGCCUGACGAUGAAGAGGAGAAGCCCAUGGGUGGUGGCAAAGGGAAAGGAAAAGACACAGACGACAACGAUGAAACGGAAACGGAAACGGAAACAGAUAUGGAAAUGGUGGAAGAGGAUAGUAUUGAUGUCGACAUGAUAAAUGAGCCGGAGAGCUUUGAGGAAGAGUACAUGCCUCCGCCUAGCAAAGACAAAGGCAAGGGGAAGGGGAAGGACAAGGAUAUGGAAGAAGAAGACGAGGAGGACGAAGAAGAAGACGAGGAGGACGAAGAAGAAGACGAGGAGGUCGGGGAGCCUGCCCAAGCUCCAGACAUAUCUCCCGACGACAGUGGGGAAGACAUGGAGGAAGAGACGACAGGUGGAAAAGGAAAGGGAAAAGGAAAAGGAGACACUGUGCCCGAAGAGGAAUCGGAAGAUGAAACAUUCUUGAUGCCUCCUGAGGAUUCGCCAGACGAAGCAACCGAGAUGCCCACCCCCAUGCCCACUAUUGUGGAAACAGAUGAGCCGCCCACCUUGGAACCGGUCACUGUAUGCCCUGCCGAUAUCCUGCAAUGUCCUGAUGGAAGUACGGUGGUGCGAGAAGGACCGUAUUGUGACUUCCCAAUCUGUCCAACAGUGCCUCCGACGCCUGAGACGGAAUCUCCUACUCCUAUGUUACCUGAAACCGAAGCACCCACAGCAGAGCCAACAGCGGGCGAGAUCCCAGUCACCGAAGCACCCACAUCAGAGCCAACAGCGGGCGAGAUCCCAGUCACAGAGCCACCGGCCACCGAUGCCCCAGAAACUGCCCAGCCGACGAACGGAGGAGAAUCCAUAACGGAAGCUCCGGUUGUGGAUCCAUCAGUCACUGAAGCACCGGUGGAACUCAACGACAGUUGUUCGCUUGCCAUUCCAGUCACCGUUGGAGAGGAGAUUGAAGGUUCCACAGUUGACGCCCAGUUCUCAGAAAUUGAAGGAUGCGGAUCGGCCCUCGGUGGAGAGCAGGCAGCUCCUGGACUAUGGUACACGGUAGUUGGAACAGGCGCUGGUCUCAAAGCCGCAGUCAACUCAAGCUACGACAUCCAGAUGUCAGUUUUUGGAGGUCCUGAUUGUGACACUUUGCUCUGUAUUGGUGGAACAGCAGGCGAAGAAUUCCCGUGGACAGACGCCGAAUUCAGUUGGGCAGGAGACGAAGGAGAAACCUACAAAAUCUAUAUCAAUGGAUGGGAGGGACAGACUGGAGCCUUUGUUUUGAAGGUGACUGAGGGUGACGUGCCUAGUAACAGUGAGUGUUCCAGCGCCAUUCCUGUCGAGAGCGGACAAAGGGUAGGUGGAACCACCGAGUUCAGUCCGAUUCCAGAUCUCGAACCGUGCGAGAGCGAGGAAUUCUUCACCAAUAUCACAGCCCCCGCCGUUUGGUACUCUAUUGUUGGAACUGGAGACAUCAUCCAGCUAUCUGUGUGGGCUGAAUACGACGCACAAGUAUCGAUUUAUCAGGGAGACAGCUGUGACGCGUUGUCGUGUGUUGCGACCAACGAUGAUUCCCCCGUUGAUGGUCCGAGAAGCAUCAUAUCGGAACGACUCGAAGAUGGACAACAAUACUUUAUCCUCGUUCACGGUUUUGGUCAAGCUGCUGGAGAUUUUGGCCUUGUAGUGGAAACCUUGGAGGCUGCCCCAAAUGAUGAGUGCUCCACUGCGGCGGCACUGACGUUGGGCGUUCCUGAGCCUGGGAAUACUUUCCCUGCUAGCAGCGACGAUGUCAUACCAUUUUGUGGGAUUGGAACCAACGAAUCAAGCGUUGGCGUGUGGUAUUUCGUAGCUGGGACAGGAGGCAUUCUACAAGCGUCUUUGAAUAAUACUCUGAUCUUGGACUUCAGCAUUUACUCCGGCGACACUUGUGAUGCCCUCACCUGCGUCGACUCGCAGGACCGCGCCCUUUUCCCUCUGGACUGGGAAUCGGUGGAAGGAGAACAGUAUUUUGUAUACGUAUACGGGUCUGACAAGUUGCAGAAGGACCAGUUCGAACUGCUCGUAGAGGAAGUGGACAGGCCAGCAAACGAUCUGUGCGAAAACGCCGUCCCCUUGCGGAUCAAUGAGCGACCCACCGAUGGAACUACAAGUGCCUCCUCAACUGAAGAAGGGCUCGAGUUUUGUGGAGAAGUCUUUGAAAUAGGCUUUGGAGGUGUCUGGUACUCGUUCACGGGUAACGGAGACCUGCUGCUCGUUGGAGUCAAUUCAGCAACCGAAGGUGUGCUCCCAUUCGACUCACAACUCAGCGUAUAUUCAGGCGCAAGCUGCGGCGAGCUUACAUGCAUAGACGGAAAUGACCAGGGAAAUAGACUUGGCUAUUCCAGUGCAGUGUCGUUUACAUCGGUGGAAGGAGAGACCUACUAUGCGCUCGUGCAUGGUUGGGCAUUGAGCCGUGGGGACUUCACCAUUGAGUUGCGAGGAGUUGGGCGGCCGUUCAACAAUAACUGUGAAGAUGCCAUUGCAUUGGAACCCUUUGACACAGUGCCAGGGGCUACCUAUUUUGCCCAGCAAGACGAGAACCACGAUUUCGAAACAUGUGGAAGUUCUCAGGGCAGAAACUAUUCGUCUCCCGGUAUAUGGUACAGCGUCGAGGGGACAGGAGGCUUGUUGGAAGCAUCUAUUCAGGCUACAUAUGACGUUCAACUCACAGUUUUCAGCGGAGAAUGCAGCGGCUUGGCAUGUGUAUCAGGUACAGAAGGGUUCACCACAGACUUCUUCUCCGGUUCUGUGCUCUGGGAAUCCGUGGAAGGCACUGUAUAUUCGAUCCUCGUGCAUGGUUUUUCGGGCCAAGUCGGGGAGUUUGAACUGUACUUUGCCGAAGUUGCACGGCCAACCAACGAUAUAUGUGAGCAGGCAAUAGCCCUGGAGGUAGAAGACUUGGUUCAAGGGUCCAACGAGUAUGCUGCCGACGAUGUGGUCCCAGAUUGCGAGGACAACACAGAUCCAGUAUCUUCAAUGGCCCCAGGCGUGUGGUAUUCAUUCAGAACAGACACACUUCCUCCAGGGGAUAGCAUCUAUAGUCUGACGGCGCUGCUGACAAACUACACGGUGACAUUUCAACACCAGAUCUCGAUUCUGCAGGGAAACAGCUGCGCUUCCCUGCAAUGCAUUGGAUGGGAUAACUCGGAUUUUGUUUCGGCAACGGUUGAGUUUUUCCCUCAAGCUGGUGUCCAGUAUUACAUUUUGGUGCAAGGCGAAGGUGACUCAAGAGGCCAAUUCGAGCUUGGCUUGUACCCCAUCGAGAACGUGUUGUAG